AUGUGUGAGACCUCCAAAAUAAUCAGCACAUUCAAGGGUCGCACCAGUAUUGGUGAUCUGCGUCACAACAACUGCACUUUGAAAAUCAGCUCUUUACAACACAGCGACUCAGGAUCAUACAAGUUUCGGAUCGAGAUAAAAGAUUUCAACAAGAACACAUUCUUGAAAAAUCCAGUUUCUAUUACAGUGAAAGAUUCACCAGACCUACCCACCAUCUCUGUGGAUAAGGAAGUGACAUCACAGAAAGAAGUGACCGCUACCUGUGCUGUGUCACAUUCCUGUCCACCAGACCCACCGCGUCUCACCUGGAGCCACAAAGGCACAACCAAGAGUCCCUCACAGGCUCAAGAGGACGGCCAAUGGAAGUUAACAUCAUCUCUGACUUUCACACCAUCCAGAGAAGACCAUAAUAAACCACUCAACUGCUCCGCAGAGUUUACUCCAGCAAAAACAGUGUCCAACAACAAAAAGCUCAAAGUGAAAUAUCCUCCAUAUAACGUGAAUGUACAGAGUAAAUCACAAGUGAAGGAGAAUGAAUCUGUUGAACUGAACUGCUCCGGUGAAAGUUACCCUCCUAUUCACAGCUUCCAGUGGUUCGGUUCAACUGGAUCUCUGCUGGAAAAUAGAUCCAUAUAUAGAUUUAAUCAUGUGACCCGUUAUACUGAAGCCAUUACCUGCACCGCCACUAACACAGAGGGAAAAAACAGUUCAGCACCUCAUAAGUUUAAUGUGUUGUAUCCUCCUGAGAUUAAAAGUGGGUCUUCCUGUGAAUCAGAGACUUUUAUAGUCUGUGUUUGUAUUGUGGACUCAAACCCUCCCAGUGAAGUCAAGUGGCUCGGUCCCUCGAGUACUUUCCCCAGCUCUGGUGUUGAACAAAAUGGGUCUCUUACCAUAUUCACCCUUCAGGGAUGGCUGGGAUUCCCAGACACAGUCCAUUGCUCUGCCAGUAACAGUGAAGGAAACUCUGUCAUGACUCUGUCAGUGCCGCAUCAUGUGGUCAUUUCAGUGUGUGUAGCCAAGAGACACUGUGGACGAAGACCUGCACAAAGUGUACUGGAUGUGAAGAAUGACCACAAUGAACUGAAGACAACCCCAAAGUCAGACACAUCCAGUGUGAUGAUGGAAACCCGUCAUGUGAGCAAGAUGAAGAUGAAGCGAUCUACGCCAACACCUAAAAUAAACAAGCGUUAUAACUCUUAUAUAGAUCAUAUUCAAAUGACCGUUUUGAUGGCAUUAUAGUUUAAUUUUACUGGUCUAUCUAGCAGAAAAAAGAUAUAUAAUGCUUGCUAAGUAAUAUUGCAAUAAUUUAUUCAUAUUGUCCUAAAAGCAUGUUUGAUGUCUAUGAUGUGUAAGCAAUGACCCCUAGUGGUCACUGGAGGAAAGAUCUGGCUAGGCUGUUUCCUAAAGCUGCUGCAAACCUUUUGCUGACUUUAGUCACAACGUAAUUUUUGCAGUUACAAUUGUGUUGUUCUGAAGUUUGAUGAGUUAACUAUUAUUGUCAAAUGUAUAUAUAUUAUAAAAGAAUGUGUUGUAGUUUACUUAUGACUUGAAUGAGUUUGGCUCACCAGUUUGGGGUAUAUACAUUAC